AUGGCGUCCAAGGGGCAGCUCCAGCAUGCCCAGAAGGGCCUUCGGCUGGAAUCGAGGCAGGACAUCGGCGAGAUGGACGUGCACACGCAGCUGCGCGAGAUGCAGGGCCACGGCGAGAAGGUCGGGUUGGACCACGAGGAGGGCGAGCGGGUCGUCCCGUUCACGGCUCUCAACAGCGCCGCCAGGCCCUACGCGCCCGAGCGCUCAAACCAGAUGCUGGGCAGCAGCAUCGCCGAGUUCGGCGCCGAGGUGGGCGAGACUUUCUUCGAGGAGGGCUCCGGCGCCCACGGCAACUGUUCGCAGUUCCUGCAGGGCGGCGGCUUCGUCCAGGAGGGCGCGGUCGCUAACCAGGAGGCAGGCGACUCCGUUGACGGCGAGAUGGAUGACCAGGACGGCCUGGGGGACGACAGCGCCGUUCGCGCGGCCGAGCUGCGACGCCUCCUCCUGGGCGCCCGUGCGCGGGUUGACGCGGCGGCAGUGGCGGUCGUCCUCGCAGGCGCUGGUGCAGGCCAGGCCCAGCUCGAGCUCGAGGCGGCGGCCGACCGCGUGGUGGAGAUCGAGGGCCGCCUGGCCAGCGCGGAGCCCGUGGAGCCGAGGGCGGACGCAUGCCGCGGCCGCCCGCCUCCAGGCCCAUGGGCGACAGGCUUCGUGUACGGAGAGCUCGAGGAGAGCUCCAACGCCGUGCUCUUCGUCUUGGGGGGCCCCGACGACGACGUGCGCUCAGCCGCGACGGCCGAGCUACUGACGGCAGCGGACCAGCGCAGCGCGGACCUGACCGAGCUCUUCGCCGCGCUCGGGGCGGAUACCCGCGGAUCCGGAGGCGAGGCGCCGGGCGGCCGUUGA